AUGAACUUCCAUUCCAUUCUCACUGACCUCUUUGGCGCAUCUCUCAUGAGCAGCAAUCCUCACCAGGAAGUUGUCGAUGACUUCGACGUAAGGAGGCAUGGUGGCGGCAUGGGCGUUUGGCUAGGCAUUUGGACUUGGUGCUAUAUUGCAUCCCUCGGUUUCGGGUUCCUGAUUGGGGCGGCCGUGAUCGACGAGCUCCAGCCAGCGUGGGGAUUCUACAUUAGCAUCAUUCUCGUGGCCGUGGUCCUCUUACUCAAUACUCUCUGCCCCGAAGUGCGCCGCUCCGCCUUCAGAAGAUCAGUCGUGGAAGUAAGAACCGGCACUGACAUCACCCGACGCGUUGCUCGCGGUGAGAUCAUGAUGCACCGCGUCAAAGAUGGACCCAGGUGGUGGGGGCAGGAGCUGUACCAUGGAGUCGCCCUUUGCUUCGAAAUGCUCCGGCAGCCCGGCUUUGCGACCAUGGCCGUUUACUCUGGCUGGAUCUACGCCCAAGUCGUUCUUAUCAUUGUCUUGUUGGGCUCACUAUCAUCAAGAUUCUAUCGAAUGCGGUCGCCAUAUGUCGGACUCAUGGUUGCAGCGAUGGCGUUUGGCGCUGUUGUUGCGAUACCGUUUCAAAAAGCAAGCUACUUUUCCCGGGCAAGGCAUACACAAGUAAACACCAGCCGUUUGACAUUCGAUAAGCAAGUCACAUGGACAUCGCAUCUCCUCCGCCGCUCUGUGUUCGCUGUCGGUCUUCCACUGGCAGGCCUUGCAUAUACCUUGGUGAGCACUGGCCCGCCAACGCAUCCAAGUGCGCCCGCCAUUGUUGCGGCUAUGAUCGGUUUUCUUUCCUGCUUGGCAAUUUCCGAAUGCAACGGACUCAUCAUGGAAACUUUUGAUACUUCGGACCUUCAGCCUGGGAUGACGGGCCGUCAUCGGGGCAACUCGGAUAUCGCCCAGAAAAAGAAGAACUACUCAGCCUAUCCUCGUGUCACCGCCGGAUUCGCCGUUUGUCAUUCAAUGGGCUUCAUCUUUGCGGCAGGAGCAACUGCACUCGGCGGCAUGGCGCAAAGAAACCUGGGUCAGAGAGCAGCUACUGGGGUGGUUGCCGGCAUACUGCUUAUUCUGACCGUCAUGCUAUUGCUGUGCCUGGUCCGUUUCAAAGAAGUGGUCAUCAUCCCCGAGAGCAAAACCGACGAGAUGGAAAAAUGGACUGCCGCCCGGAGACAGUCCAUCAAACGGCGCGAUUCAAUGCCGGCUGGCGCAGUUGACGACAAAGAUGUCAUCGCCGAGGAAGAGCCGUGGCGUCCUUUCAUCGUUGGCAAUCCCACCAACAAGACACGACGAGUCAACGUGCUUGAGCUGGGUAGUAUGUCGCGUUUCACGGAGAUCAGGAAGAGGAACAAACUCAUCGACGCCAACCAGCAUCUUAACCGAGCCGCUCUGGAUGCUGGGCUGGAUGCCCUUGACGAUCAAAUCAGCGACAUCGUGAGCGACAUUGUCAGCGACGCCAAAGAUCUCGUGAGAAGAAGCAGUCAAAGAAGUCAGCGAAGCCAGCGCACCUCCCACUCGCGGCGGAAUCAUCGAGGCGCGUCAAGCGAGAACAGCGGCAACUCUUCCAUUGAGAUGACUUCCGUGGACGACAGAUUGUCACUCAAUAGCCAUCGCCCUCGAAUGCCUGCAGAUGUCUACAACGAGCGAGAGUGUCUUCGAGGCCAGACGGUGAAGGAGGAAUGA